AUGGGAGAUGCCAAAGGAGACCAUGUUCGAAAGAGAAAAACCACUGGCUCAGUCUCCAAAACAGAAUAUGAGGCGUAUGUGUCAAACUUAUACAAUAAACAGGUUAAGAAGCCAGUUAUAACACCUACAGAGCCAGUGUCUAAGUUCACCAUUUUUAACUGUUUACUGGGCUUAAUAGUCAUGAUGUUCUGUGGUGCAGCCCACUCCUGGUACAUGAGAACUCUACAUGAAAAUACUCUGUGGUUUACCAAUAUCAAGGAAGUGGAAAGAGAAAUCUCGUUUCGAACUGAAUCUGGUUUAUUUUAUUCUUACUACAAACAAUUAAUACAGUCUAAAUCUAUUUCUCAAGGUGUACAAUCUCUAGUAAGGGAUAAUCACACAGAAUAUCCCUCUACUAUAAAUAUACUACAACGAAUGAACAUAUACCAAGAAGUUAUCCUUGCUUCACUCUAUAAAUUCUUAGCAAUACAGUCACCACCAAUAUUUUUCUAUGUUUAUUCUGUAUUCAAUCUACAAGCUGUUUUGAUUGGUGGAAUAUUUUGUAUGGCUUGGAUGUUAGCUGAUAAUUGGUUGGCUGGCGUCUUGGCAGCCAUAUUUUAUGCCAUCAAUAAAGAAAAUACAACCAGAGUUGAAUUUACCACACCUCUUAGAGAAUGUUUCGCUCUUCCAUUUCUAUGGGUACAGAUUGCAGCCAUUUCAUAUUUCUUUAAGAAAAACAUUUCAAGAAUAGGAGAGAGAAUCAGUCUGUUAUUUAUUGGUUCAAGUACGUUUUUAUUCUGUAUCUGUUGGCAGUUUAAUCAAUUUAUUAUGUUAUUACAACUUAUCUCUUUAUUUGGUGUCUGGGUCCUAGAUUUUAUUCCUUCAUUUAAGAUCCAGCGAGUACUGUUUAUGCAGUUGUUAUCAUUGUUUACUGUGUUCUAUUUACAAUAUUAUAAUACUAUGUUAUUGGGUGGAUUAUGGUUCAGUUUCUUGUUAUCUUUUUAUAUUGUUAUCUUUAUCAAGGUAGAUAAACCAUCUCAAAGUUCAGUUACAGUGAAAUUAUUAAGAGUUAUUGGUUAUAGUUUACUGGUUUUAUCGUUAACUUUUAUUUUUCAUUUUAUUUUAAAGUGGUUUCUACAAGUAGAUGCUGAUGAACACAUAUUUAAAUUUCUCAUCAAUAAAAUGGGAUACGGAAAUCCAAGAGAUUUUGAUUCAAGAUUAUAUUUAUGUCUAGAUAUAUUUAAUAUGUUAUCAUGGAGUUUUUAUACUAGUCUAACAUCAGGAGUUGUCUUUCCUUUAUACACUAUAGUACAUACUGUAUUGUUACUCUAUUUUUGUAGUAUAUUUUUAAUUUCUUCCAGUUCUAAUACGGAGAAGAGAUUAUUUACACCAGAAACUAAAGAUAGUUUAUUAUCUUAUAGACCAGAGUUAGCUUUUCAUACAGUUCAAGCGACAAUGUUUGGUAUAUUAGCUAUAACCACUAUGAGGAUGAAGUAUCUAUGGACACCCUAUAUGUGUGUUUUCGCUGGUUUCCUAGUUGGAGGCAAACAUCUCUAUAAAACAGUUUUAUUCUUUACAUCAAAUGAAAAAUUGGUUUGUAUAUUUGAAUAUUUUUUACAUUUAUUAAGAUUUUGGAUGCCAACAAUCCAGAAAGAAAUGGAAGAUUUGAGAGAAUUCUGGGAUCCUGAUACUGUAGAACUUAUGGAAUGGAUCAAAAAGAGUACCAAGCCUAUAGCAGCGUUUUCUGGCAGUAUGCAGUUAUUAGCUGGUGUUAAACUAUGUUCAGGGCGACCUGUAACUAAUCAUCCACAUUAUGAAGAUAAACAACUUAGAGAAAAAACUAAAUGGAUCUAUCAGAUGUAUGGUAAACGUGAACCAGUAGAGGUGUAUACGAUAUUAAAGAAGUAUCAAACAGAUUAUAUUAUAUUAGAAGAUAGUAUAUGUUUAUCAUAUAAAACUGAUUCUUGUUCGACACCAGAUAUUAUAGAUCUAAAUAAUGGCAUGAUUCCUGUGCAAGGUAAAAUGGAACCAGGAUUGGUCAAUAGUGCUGUACCAAGAUUCUGUGAUGAGAUUCGCCAUGGUUCACCUAAAUUCACCAAAUAUUUCAAACUGGUCUUUUCUAAUAAAACUUUUAGGGUUUAUAAACUGUUGAAAUAA